CAGCCCAGAUGGAGCAGAUAUUCGGCCGUUCAGGUGGGGGCAGUGAUGACGUCACUGAUGAGACGGCGUCCAUGUGUGAGGUCAGGUGGAGCUCCGAGGACCAGGAGGCCUUGGACACACAAUGUCUUGCCGCCCCACAAGCCUCUCCUCCUACCUACAAACAGAGGCUUGACGAGUUCAAGAAGCUUUUCAAAGAGCAGCCGGAGUCAGAGAGACUCAUUUUGGACUACCCGUGUGCCCUCCAGAGAGACAUUCUCCUCCAGGGACGCCUCUACCUCUCAGAGAACUGGCUCCUCUUCCACAGCAAUGUCUUCUGGGGGACAAAGAUUAUACUGCCACUGAAAGACAUCAUAGCCGUGACCAGAGAGAAAACAGCGCGGCUCAUUCCCAACGCCAUCCAGAUCUGCACAGGCACGGAGAAGAUGUUCUUCACUUCCUUCUCAGCGAGAGAGAAAAGUUACCUGGGUAUCUUCCGCAUGUGGCAGAACACACUGAUGGACAAGCCCCUGACAAGCCCGGAGCUCUGGCAGAUGGUGAAGCAGCACUAUGGCAACGACCUGGGCCUGAGCCACGAAGAGAUGGAGAGCUUACAGGUGUCGGCAGACUCAACCACCCAGACCAGCAUGACCUUGAGGUUUGGUGCAGAAGACGGUAUGGGACGGUUGGAGCAGCUCUCCUCCGCCCGUCUGCCUGUUGAGCAAGGGCCCAUCGAGGCCUCCACGCCACAGGGGGACGACGCCCCCUCUCUCCUCGACUCCCAGAGCACCCACUCUGGCAACGUGGAUGACUCUCACAACAGCUCAUGUCACCAGCGCAGUCCUGUUCCCCCCCUGGACCGCCUCGCCCCAGAGCGGGUCUCCAAGAAUUCACUUUCUCUGGACCUUAACGCCAACGUGGACACCCUGUCGGAGCAGACCGGCUCGGAAAGCACCGAGGAAGUGGAGGAGCGAGCGGGUCUGACCCAGGUGCAGGGCAGACUCUAUCUGAACAGGGUUUUCCACAUCAGCGCUGAGAAGAUGUUUGAGCUGCUCUUCACAGAUUCCCACUUCAUACGCAGGUUCAUGAGUGUCAGGAAGAUCACCAAUGCAAGCCUCAACUCUUGGCAGAGAGACGUCUCUGGAAACAUGACGCGGAGUCUGAACUACACGAUAACCAUUAGCAACCCGUUGAUAGGGAAGUUUUCCACCGCCACUGAGAACCAGACGUUGUACCAAGAGUCCAGAGAGGGUCAGUAUUACCUAGUGGACGCCGAGGUGUACACCCAUGACGUUCCCUACCACGACUACUUCUACACCCAGAACCGCUACUGCAUCAUACGCAACUCCAAGCGCAAGUGCCGUCUCAGGGUCUAUACUGACGUGAAGUACAAGAAACAGCCGUGGGGCCUCGUUAAGUCGUUCAUCACCAAGAACUCCUGGAGCGGCAUAGAGGAUUACUUCAAACAGCUGGAGUCGGAGCUCCUGGAGGAGGAAGUGGAGAUGAACCAAGGGGGCGGGGACUCCGGGAAGAUUGGCGGGCUGCGAAGGAAGAGGCGGACCUACAGCCGCACUCCGCAGGAGCACAUGAAGCCCAUCGCCCAGUAUGGACCUGACUCAGAGCAGCACAGAGAGGGCCAAAUGGGCCCCAUGGAGUUGAAAGGACCACACAGAUGGAGCAUCACAUCCAUCGUGGCUGGGAUGAGUUUAAUUCUGCUAAUUCUGACGAUGCUUAAUCUGGGCCUGUUCUUCAAGCUGUGGGCUAUGGAGGACGUGGCUCAUCGCAUGUACCUGAGCACCAGGCACCGGCUGAGGGAGAGGAGCAACCCCAGCUUGGCCCCAGAUUACGGCCCUAGACAGGGACCGGGGCACCGCUGCAGAGAGGAGACCCAGCUGCUGAAGACUGUCCUCCAGGACUCCAUCAACCUUCUAGAACAGCUCCGCAGUUCUCUGGUGAUGCUGCAACAUAAUUUUGCGAUGGCCAACAGAACCGAAACGCCACAGUGACGCUGCCACGCCUGGCGACCGCAGGAUGCCGUGCGGCGCUGAGGACCGCAGCAAGCAAACCGCCUCCACGGAAACCUCUCGCGUCCGAUGCCUUGGGUAUCCCCAAAUCCCUGACAAGCAAAGUGUUGCCAAGGGCAACGGGUCCCAUGGCCUUUACUGUGAAUCCAAGCGUCAGGAUGUUUUCGGUUUUUGUUUUUUUUCCUGUUCCGACUACUGGGAGGGGAAGGUUGCAUCAUCGUCGGCGGACUGAACAGUGGGCUUGAACUUUUCCUAGGCUCUGUCGUCGGCUCAGUUUUCCGGCCAGCUCAACUAAUUUCUGAAAUGGUGGCGUUGGAUUAACUCUUAAUUCGAUUCGGAGAAGCCGUACUCCUUCCUCCCACGCCCCUAUUUCCGUCUUGCCGGUGCCCGUACGGAAGGAGCCGACGUGACGGCUGCACAAGCGGUGACUUAUUCUGAAGGGUGGCUUUUGAUUUGUCAUCCACAACCUUCACCGGCAAAACGGUUCUGUUGUAAAAUGAAACGUGCAAUGCUAAUUUUUUUUUUCUAAGAUUGUAAUUUUUAUUUCCAUUUUAGCACAUGUGCCUUUUGUAAAUUCGGGCUGAGUUUUAGAUUGCCUUUGACUUCUUUAACAGAGAUACGGCAGCGCUGAAGUAAUAUAUUUGAUAACCUCCUACUCUUGUGUGAUAGUUUUUUAGGAGUGUUUUCACCUCGUUUGUGCAGAAAACCUCAAUCAUCACACAGACUUGUUCAGAAUCUCAUAGGAUCUUAUAUUAACCAAGCAACCAUCGGUAACGUUUUGUUCAUUCAGAAUAUAUUCCUCCUCAUCCGGCUGUCUGUUGGUACUGUCCUAGUUCCAGCAGACAGCCGGUGGAAGCAAAUGGGACUACUACAGACACAACUGGCUGUGUCUCUGUGAUACUAUGAGGAUGCUAAAGACCCGAAACACACCUUGUUCGGCCACGGACGCAAGCAGAUUCCCGUUUGUUUCCCGAGAGAUGGGAGUAAAUUGCAUGAUGAAAUUCUGAGUACUUCCUAGCCAGACCUUCAUUCCCACAUUAGCCCAGCUGGGAUACAUA